AUGAGUACAAAACCAAUUGUAAAUGAAUUUGAAAGAACCGAGGUUAGAGAUGAGAUCACAUUGGAAAGAGAUGAACGGCCAGGUGAAAAAAGUUUCGUCAUCGGGUUGACUCCUAGAAGUCUUUUCAGUCAUUGUGUAAAAUUCCAUGCCCUUUUGGCUACUUUUUCAUCUAUGUGUGAUAUUCCGAUUACUUUUUCUGCUGCAAACCUCGAAAUUCAAUUAUCAUCUUCACCACAGCAAACUGUGAAUUAUAAGCCGAACGCCCUCAAAAGCAAGAACCAGUUGCCCAAAACACAUCUGUGGCUGGAGCCAUGA